CCUACUGUCAGUGUUUUUUAUUAUUUAUUUUUUAUUUUUUCCGACUCUAUGUAAUGAAACAUAGUUACUCAUACAGAACUUGGCCCUCUGACAGUGGUCACUAUGACAUCCACCAUCUCAAUGAGGAGCUACUCUGCCACCCGCCAGCCAUCUUUUUCCAGCAUGUCUGUCCGAGACAGCAGUCUCACACGCUCCAGGGCACCCAUCUCCUCCUCCUUGGCUGGUACCCUCUCCCUGUCCCGCUCACUGUCCGUGGGCAAUGGACUCAAUGCCGUGGGUAACCUGUCACUCAAUGGCUUGGGGGGUGGGGCAAGUGACAAGGAGACCAUGCAAGGUCUCAAUGACCGUCUGGCCAGCUACCUGAGCAAGGUACGCUCACUGGAGAAGUCCAACAAUGAUCUGGAGCAGAAAAUCAAGCAACUGAUGCUGGAACGGACCCCCAAAGGACAUGACAUUGAGGGCAUGAUGGCACAGGCACAUGCGAUCGGAAAUGAGGUGAGAAAAAGAACCCUUGAGAAUGCUCGCUUCAUGCUAGAGAUUGACAACGCCAAGCUGGCUGCAGAUGACUUCAGAGUGAAGUGGGAAACUGAGAUGGCGCUGUGCCAGUCAGUGGAAAGAGACUGCGUGGCCCUGAGGAGGGCAAAGACAGACCAUGACCAGAUCAUCGCCACUUUGAAGGGAGACCUUGACAGCCUGAAGGAGGAGCUCUACUUCUUGAAGAAGAACCAUGAGGAUGUGAGUGUGCUGGAGGGCAACCUGGUGGAGGUGAACCACAAGUACGUUGUGGAGAUGGAGCGGCUGCAGGCCAACCUGGCCCAGCUGGAGGAUGAGCUGUCGCAGCUGCGUCUCGACAUGCAGCGCAACAAGACUGACUAUGAACAGCUGCUUCGUGUCAAGCAGAGCCUGGAGCUGGAGAUCGCCACCUACAGGAGGCUGCUGUUCUCAUUAAAUGUCUGUACAGCGGAAGCGCUACAUCCAUAA